AUGAUUCAACAAAGAAAACGGUGUACUGUUGUUAAGCCAACCGAGGAAACCAUCUGGGAAGAAUAUAUCGAAAAUGUGUCCAUUCACGGUCUCCGGUAUGCCGUUCAGAAAAAGGCUAAACCUUGGGAAAGAAGCGUGUGGGUCGUAUUGCUGGCCAUAGCCGGUAUUGUCAUACUGCAACAGUUGUAUCGAUCCUGGAAGAUGUACACCCACACUCUGACCAAUAUAGUCAUCGAAGACCCACGUUAUCCUUUGAGUGAAAUCGAUUUUCCAGCUAUUACAGUCUGCUCGAACAACAACAUAAUGUACUCCAAGGCCAAGGCGCUUACCGAUGACAGUGAAAGGAAUCCUCCGCUAAUUGGAUCGGACGGAGAAUUGGUGCCGCUCAGGAAUAACGCAGCGGGCAAAAUGUCCGGCAUUGAAUUGGUCUUGAGAAACAUGGAGGACGAGCAUUUCCCAAAAGACCGCAAGUUAAAAGGCUACAAUAUUAUGGUGCACACCCCCGAUGAAUUCCCGGACGAGACGGUCAGUUAUACUGUACAAGUGGACAUCAACAAGGUGUCACAGAUAUCGGUGUCUGUAAGCAAGGUGUGCGCCGAUCAAUCACUCUAUUGGGUCAAAAUAGAGGAUCAAAAGUGUUCCAUGUAUUAUUCGAAUUUGACCAAUUCGCAGCAGUCUUCGUUGUUUUGUAAAAGUCCAUCCGAAGGCACCUGUUUCAGGAAAUUACGUCAGCGUAACGUCCAAGCUCCGGAAACCGAACGGGCAGCCUUUCCCGAAUGGAGCUUACCGGCAUUCAUGAACUGCAGCUGUCCCACACCGUGCUCAUUCACCUCAUACACCACAGAGAACAGAAUGAUUACAAUGUAUACGGUCAGCAAUAUGACCUUGGGUCCAGAUCACAUGUAUUUGGACAUUCACUACAAAGAUCCAUAUGCCAUCAGUUACUCGAGAUCGAUUAAGUACAGCACAGAAGACUUGAUGGUGACGUUUGGAGGAAUGGCCAGUCUGUUUCUAGGCUGCAGUUUAGUCACCUUGGUAGAGGCCAUUUACUUUGUCUACAGAUUAUUAGUCACAUUGAAACGGAGAUGUUCUACAGUCGAUGUAAUACAGCUGCAAAACAAUAACGUGAACUAUCCUUUCUGUCCAUAG